AUGGAUGGAGAGGUACAACGUUACGCACGACAAAAUAUCAACGCUGCCGGUUUGGGUGUUCGAAAUGUACGGUCCGGUCCUGCGACGGUAGCAGUUUAUGUUCGCUUUCUUAAUCUAGCUGAUGUUGAUGUGGAUGUCAUUUGGAUCAAUGAAGAGGGGAGAGGGAUUCGUUAUGGACAAUUGAAGAAGUCUGAGUAUUUAGACAUCAGCACGUAUGAAGGUCAUCCGUGGAUAUUCAGAGAGUCUGGAGUCGGUGACCUACUUAUAGGGCAACCUGGACGAAUUACUGUGUACUUUCCCAAGCGAGAUAAUAUCAAUGUCAUAAGUCGCGUUUGCAUUCUAAUAACUUUCCCUCUGAUGUCAUUGCGAGAUUGGGCAGUACGUGCUGUAGCAAAUUUCGUGGAGAUUGCUCCAUAUGCUUUAUUGACGUUACCUAUUCCAGCCAGUCAGAUAAAAGUCGUACAAAGUUUACUUGUGCAUCGACUUCAAUAUGUCAGUAUGUUUGAACCGAAUCCUUUGGUCGGACGGCGUCUGCGGGCGACAGUACGACGCUACAUGAAUCCGUCACUGCCGAUGCCCGAUCCAUUACCUCUCAUUAGAAAUGACUCUGGAGAAGAUGGAAGCGAGAAUCGUGAGAAUUGA